CAUGAACAGUAUAUAAGUUGGAGAAUCGCGGAAAAUUUUUAAACGUCAUUUUAAAGACUUCUGUUGCGUGGCAUUAAGUUUGAAAUAAAAGAGAAAUAGAGAACUUCGUCUGAUUAUUCCUGUGUAUUAAAUAUACGAAUAAGUUUGACACCAAAGCGCCAUUUAAAUAUCAAUUGAAAAAAGUUACAAGACAUUGUUUAUCAAUCAUGAUAAGACUGGCAAUAAUCUGCUUUCUAAUUUCCAUGAUAGAAAGCGAAAGGUGUACCUUUAGUAUUGCUCAGUUAAAUAAAUUGAGACAACUUUUCAAUGAUUCGGAUCGUCGUAUGGAAGAAGCAACUCGAGGUCAAAGUGAAAAUGCGGCAAUUGUCAUAGGCAAUGGAAGAGGGGGCAAAAGUACACUAAUUAAUUACUUAAUGGGAAAUGAAUUGGUAGCUUAUAGAUCUCACACAUUUGACCCCAUUAAAAUAAGAAAAGCUAAUGAAAAUAGUCCAGGACCAGAAAUUGGUGCUGGAUCACUGUCAACGACUACAAUUCCCUUAAAAUGGAAGUCAACAAGGACAGAAUUAAAGAAUUUGGACAUCUGGGAUACCGCUGGAUUUUCGGAUAAUAGAGGUGUAGAGCAAGAUUUAAACAAUUCCUUUCAUCUGUAUCAUUUGGCAAAAAAAGUCGAAUCUGUAAAAUUUAUUUUAGUUAUCGACUUUGAUGACAUUAGAACUACAAGUGUUCAACAGAUUUUACAGCUUUUAAAAGCUUUAGAAGAAUAUUUUAUUGACAACUUUAAAGACAUUUUUCGAAGUAUAUCAGUAAUUAUCGCAAAAGCACCUAAAUAUAUUAAUGAUGAUAUUCCAGCCAAUUGUGAAUACCUAAAUUAUAAAUUAACUAAUAGUUUAUUAUCACAACCCGAAAUGGAUAUAUCCGAAGAUUCAAAAAAUUUUUUACGGCAUGUGAUAGCUAAUAACCAACGCGUAGCCUUCUUCAGGAAAGCGAAAAAAUUAGGGCCUCUUACUUCUGAUAUCGAUGAUAAUAUUAUUCCAGCUAUUAAUAACUGCACGAGCAUAAGCAAGUCAUCUAACCAGAAUAUAGGUUUUACAAUGUCAAGUAACUCAAAAAAUUGCCUACAAUAUGCCAAUCAAGACUUGCUGAACAUGAAUGAAUUUGAAAUAUUAGAGAAACAAGUGGAGAACUGGUUCACUAAAAACUAUAAUGCUUGGAAUGAACUCAAAGAUAAAAAUAUAUUAAAUGCAAAUAAAGAAAAUUUAAGAAAUAUCUACGCUCGUAUUGAUAUUUCUUCAUUGUAUAAUUCUGAUGUAAAGGAUAUGAUCCAAAUUCUGAAAAUAAAUUAUGAUACUAUUAAAAUCGAAAUUACGGAAGAAUUAAUGAAUAAAAUUGACCUAAGUGAAUUUAUUGAUAGUUUAAUUACGACUGGAAAAAUGGUAAGAAUCCAUAUUACAUUAGAUGGUACUAUUAGAGCACUGUAUCACAGAAUAUUACAAUUAAUUUUUUUAUGUGAACUGAAGAUUAACGAAAUAGAUAAAGCAGGAUAUGACGAAAAAAUAAGACUAGAUAAUAAGAAGCAUGAAGAAGAAUCUAGAUAUUUGCAGCAUGCAAUACGCCAGCUGGAGAAAAUCCCAGAAGAACAAAGCUAUUGGGACCAAUUUUUACAAUUUCUACUAUCUCAUCCUGUAAGCGAACAUUCUACAAUUAUGCACUGAGAAAAAUAAAAGGUUAAAUAUAACCAAGUUUUAGUUAAAAACAACCGAGCGAUGCUGCUAAUAUAGCACUUGCAAUGUGAAUUGUUUGCAGUAACCGAUCGAAUACGAUUAAAAAUUUCGGUAGAAACUAGUUAAGACUACUCGGUUACGGUAGCUUCUUUCUCUGUUACUGUAACUAACAGUUUAUGAUUAAUGAUCGGUAAACGUUAGUUAACUUACUCGGUUACUGUAGCCACCUAAAAAGGCUACAGUAAUAAUAUAAACUUGAAUAUUGUAGUCAAUUAGCUCUGUUAUAAUAAAGAAACCGAUUAAUUAAUUUUAAACCACCCAACUCGAUUAAAAUAUUUUUUGAUCAAUAAAAUAUUCCCUUGAUAAAAAUUAUUUUCUUUUAUUGAAAAGAAAUCUAUUUGAUUAAAAAAUUAUGUUCUAAUUUAAAGAUAACCAAAAUUUUCUGUAAAUUAAAAUUCUUUUUUAUAAUCAAACAAAUCUCUUUCAAAUAGAAUAAAAUACUUUUAACCUCUUUAACGUGCAUCGUGUAAUAUGUCAUCGGGGAUGUAAGGUUUAAUGCGUUUAAUAUUCUCCAUUUCAUUUUUAUUUUUAUGUAUCUAUUGUAGAUGAAUUCUAUAUUUGAUGGCUGCUGUAACAUAAUCAAUAAAAAUUUGUAUAGCGUCGGUAGAAACCAGAAUUGUAACAACACGACUCUCCGGAAAAGACGAAACGAAGUGACUGACUGACUGUGACUGACGAUAUGUCGCCUAGAUAUGUUUACUCGGUUAAAAUCUCACAACUGAACGUAAUUACAUGAAACUCGGUUAAUAUUAAUCGCAUAGUAAUUGUUUAUAUUCAAAAAACAGAUAGGUAACAACAACCACGAAAGUUUGUUUCCAUUAUGCACAUUUCAGAUUGGUUAAGACAAUCCUUUGGAGGAUUAUUUUUAACAGAUGUGUUUUAACCAUCUCAGCUCGGUUGUGAUAAUCAGUAUAUUAAUUCUUAUCAGAAUUUUAUUACAAUUUUUUAAAAAUAAUUUAAUUCGUUUAAGGAAUUUUAAUAAACUAUUGAAAAUAAUUUAAUUCUUUCGAAGUAUAGAUACAAUUAAAGGCUUAGACAAUAAUAAUUGAAUUCUUUCAAAAGCAUUUUUUAAUUUAUUGAAUAUAAUCGAUUUUGUUAAUAACUGUAG